CGAGUCAACACCUUUACACUCCUAUAUAUAGUGCUCGGGCCAGCGGUACCUCUGACACUGUUUUCUUUUCACCGUUUCUGCAGAGGAAUACAAUACCUGAAACCAUGAAUAAGCUGCUGGUCAUCACUGUGCUUGUUGCACUUCUUGCACUCAACGCUGAAGGCUUCCGUGUGCUGAGGCAGGCUGAGGAGGAGGAACAGGGGUCUCUGAGCAAGGUGGCAAGUACCAUCAAGUCCUACUAUAACAGCGCUGUCGACACUACCAGUGGGUACAUUGAGAGCAUCAAGGAACUUAAACUGGAGGAGAGAGCAACGAAUCUAUACAAUCAUGUUGCUGAAAUUCUGAGCACUUACGGUGGCAUUGUGCACGACCAGGCUUACCACAUCGUUUACCCCCAGUAGUAAAACAAAAAGCGUUCCAGUGACCACUGCUACCUCACAGAACCAUCAAUUUCCACUCAAAAAGACUAAGCAUCAUUUGACAUUCAGAACUUGGCCGUUUUUCACCACACCCAGAUUUCAUAACUUCAGACAGCAUCUUCAAAAACUGCACUGGGGGUAGAUGAUGAUAUCCUCUGACUGGAGAUGGUGAUCUUUUGUAAAGGCAGUUACCAGCUUGCAUGGAGUAAACUGGACGGCAAAGCAAAUGGCGAGCACAGCAACAGAAGCACAGAGUAUUUUGUCAUGUACCAUUUCAUUUGUGCAUAGGUCUGAGAGUUAAAAAUCAGAUGUGAUUAAAAUGCAAAUGAUUUAGACAUGUAACACCCCCUAGUGCCGAUUCUCUGGUACCUCUGGAUAAAUUUAAAUAUUCAUGUCAUAUCUUCAAAUAAAAUAUUUAUACUAAAACCAGCAAACAAACAAAA